AUGAUUUUUAAAGAAGAAGAAAAACAGGGAUACUUUUCAAUAUUCCAUUUUAAAUGUAAAAUGUGCGGAAUUGAAAAAAAAAUAUCCUGUGAAAAUACUAAAAAUGUUGAAUGCAUUCCAAUAAAUAAAGCAGUAGUAAAUGCUACAAUAGCUAUAGGUAUUGGAUAUGCACAACUUUCUGAACUUUCGGCUAGUAUCGAUAUACCUCCAAUGUCAUCCAAUACAUACCAAUCAAUGUUAUCAUCUGUUGGUGAUGUAGUGCAUGCUUCAGCGUGGGAUGAAAUGAAAAAUGCGGGAGACGAAGAGAGAGAAAUUGCAUUAAAAAAUGGUAUAUUAGAUGAGGACGGGACACCGAUGUGCACCGUUAUUGCAGAUGGCCAAUGGUCUAAAAGGUCUUAUAAAACUAAAUACGACGCAUUCUCUGGAGCGGCAACUAUUAUUGGUUAUAAUACACGCAAAGUUUUGUUCGUUGGUAUUCGAAAUCGUUACUGUUCAAUUUGUCAAAAAGCAUUGAAUAGAGAUGAAAAUAAACCAGCACAUAAUUGUUUUUUUAAAUUGGACAAGUAG